CACCCACCAUUACUCCUCUCCUACUCCUCCUACUAGCCCACCGCAACUAGAAAUAAAUAAUCAUUCAUCAAAACUGUCGUGAUAUCUAUACUCAUCUACUGACACUCACGCCUCAUCUGAUUCUUCCCGCAAUCUCAUCUGUAAUUCCGUAUUUUCCCUUUUCCUUUUUGCUCUUAUUUAUCAAAUCUUCUAGGGUCUUUGGGGGAACUGUAGUUGUUGUGAUGAUGCUUUCUUUGAUGUUGCUCUCCUCUUUCCUAAGCUCUUAGUGUCGUUUGUUCAGCUGUUACUGGGUUAUAUUCGAUCUGAUUGUUAGUUUUGGCUUGGAGGAAGCAGGAAGAGCAUUGAAUCGAGCUAAAUCGAAUGGGUAUUUGUUAUUCAUUGAUUUGCUGCCAGAGUAAUUCUAAUGCUAAUACCCAUAAUACGGGAGAGGAAGAUAGCUGGUGGAAGAAGAAUAAGAAUGAUAAUAGUGGGAAAAUAGACCUCAAGGUCAAGAAGAGUAGUAGCUCCGGUGAUAUUGUGUCGUUUAUCGGCAAGUUUGGUGGUGGACGAGCGGUGGUAGAUGAGCGUGCGCUGCUUCAGACACCGGGAAGGCUGUUUGCAAAUGGGGCGAGCGGUAGCGUAGCCAGUUUAUAUACGCAACAGGGAAAGAAAGGUACCAAUCAGGAUGCUAUGAUCGUUUGGGAGAAUUUCAGUUCGAGAAGUGAUACGGUGCUUUGUGGAGUAUUUGAUGGUCAUGGACCAUAUGGACAUAUGGUUGCACGGAAAGUGCGGGACAAUCUUCCUCUUCUGCUGAGCACCCGGUGGGAAGCUACUUCCAAUAGUGACCAAAAUAGUGCUCCUGAAUACGGAAAUUCUACCGGGAGCGCACAUUUUGAGGAAUUCUUGGACAAUGAUGGGUGUGAGUCAUUGGAAGGUGAGGCAAAUGAAAAAUUCCCUGAGAUGUAUUUGCCUCUCAAACAAUCAAUGUUAAAGGCUUUCAAGUUGAUGGAUAAAGAACUAAAGUUGCAUCCCACGAUUGACUGUUUCUGCAGUGGAACAACUGCUGUUACUCUUAUAAAGCAGGGUCAGGAUCUUAUAAUUGGAAAUGUUGGUGACUCGAGAGCAGUGUUGGCAACAAGAGAUAAAGACAACUCUUUGAUGGCUGUACAAUUGACCAUUGACUUGAAACCUAAUCUUCCGAGGGAAGCUGCUAGGAUCCAGCAAUGCAAGGGAAGGGUGUUUGCAUUGCAAGAUGAGCCAGAGGUCGCACGCGUAUGGUUGCCCAAUAGCGAUUCACCUGGAUUGGCAAUGGCUAGAGCUUUUGGGGACUUCUGUCUAAAAGAUUUUGGUUUGAUUUCUGUCCCAGAUGUUUAUUACCGCCGCAUUACAGAGAAGGAUGAGUUCAUUGUUCUUGCCUCUGAUGGGGUUUGGGAUGUCCUCUCCAACAAGGAAGCUGUGGAUAUUGUGGCCUCAGCCCCUGGCCACACAACAGCAGCCAGAGCUCUUGUUGACUGUGCUACUAGAGCAUGGAGGCUCAAAUACCCCACAUCGAAGAUUGAUGACUGUGCUGUCAUAUGUCUGUUCUUAGAGCAUGUAAUUGCAGUUGAUGGGGAACAGACACCGAAUGACUUGACAAAGGGUCAUGAGGAGGAGCUGAAGAGGGUCUCUAUAGCAGAUGGGGAUGCUAGGAGUUUAGAUACUGGUUGCAUUUCUGCUUCUCAUGUUUCAGGUCUUGAGCAUUCAGGUAUGCAUAGAGGCUCAGGUGAGAUUGUGCCAGUUAUGGAAUCAAUAGAGGAAAAGCUUCCAGAGAGGAGCCUGGGCCAGUCUAAGAGGAGCCUAGCUGAGUGCCUUUCGACUGCUGAGGAUGAGGAGUGGUCAGCACUUGAGGGUGUUUCCAGGGUCAACAGUUUGCUAAGUCUUCCAAGGUUCUUAUCUAUUGACAAAAGAUCGGCCACUUGGAGAAAGUGGUUAUAAACAUCUCGGGGUUGCCUGAUCUUUAUUUAUGCACAGCCAAAUAGAACUGUACCUUUUUCAAUAACAUGACCAAAAUUAUAUAUAUGUCGAAGGUUUGUUUAAAAACAUCUAGGGGCAGUGAGUGAGAGAGAGAGAGUCUAUAAGGUUUCAAGUUGCCAGAUGCAUACUGUGAAGUGCCUGGAUCUCCAAAAGUCUCGAGAUGCAAACUGGGUUCCACACAAUGCCUACAGAUUUCCUGCAUCGGAAUGGCUAGUCCUUCGAUUGAAUUUGUUGUAUGUAGUGCUGAAAGAGGCUGCUGCUGUGCAUAUUUUGUUGGAGGAUAGUCCUAGAUUUUUAUAUAUAUUUUUUUGGUGUCGUC